AUGUCGACAUCAAGUUUGGCAAAGCCAUUGAGAUUACUGUUAUUAGGUGCACCUGGGUCUGGUAAGGGGACCCAGACUUCGAGGUUGUUAAAAGUUUUCCCUAAGAUGCAGUCUGUAGCGUCUGGAGACCUCCUGAGACAACAAAUUAAAGAUAAAACUUCGUUAGGGGUACUUGCUUCGAGCUAUAUUACUAAAGGUUCAUUGAUCCCAGAUGAGCUUAUUACCAAGUUGUUGAUCUCGUAUUUGGCGGAGAAUUGUUGGUUAACACCAAAAUCUUCAUGGCUGUUAGAUGGAUUUCCUAGAACUGUCAAUCAGGGACAGAUCUUAGACCAUAAAUUAAGCUCAUCUGAUGUCAACUUGAACCUAGUCGUCGAGUUGGAUGUGCCUGAAAGUGUGAUAUUAGACAGAAUAGAAAACAGGUUUGUUCAUGUCCCAAGUGGAAGAAUAUACAAUCUAAAAUAUAAUCCACCAAAAGUUCCUGGAAGAGAUGAUAUCACAGGGGAGCCAUUAACAAAGAGACCAGACGACAACGUAGAGGUGUUUGCCAAGAGAUUGCAGGAAUAUAAACGUUUAGUAGAACCAUUGAAGGAAUACUACGCUAACAAGAACGUUCUUAAAACUGUAUCUGGUGAAACUUCUGACAUAAUAUUCCCAAAACUUUGUGAUUUAAUUGUAAAUGACUUCGGGGCAAAAUAG